GAGACUGUGGAGGCGUGGCUAGAGGGUAUAUUUGACAAAACAGAAAAGAGACAUAUGUACACAGAAACAAAUAGUACUAAAAAGGGAACAAAGUAGAGAUAGCUAUACAAAUCAAGGAGGAAACAGAACUAGAGAAUAGAGUAAAGAAUGGACACCACAGCUGUUGCAAGGAUGUGGAACGACACAGAUCUUCUAAGAAAUGAUACCUUUUCUUGUGCGUCCCCGUCUGUGGAGGGCUACCGUUACUUUGGCGUCCUCUUGGGAUCGACUGUGACCAUAGUAGGAACCAUAGGGAAUAUUCUGACCGUCCUCGCCUUUGCUACUGAUGCCAGCCUGAGGACACGUUUCAAUGUUCUCAUAGUAAACCUUGCCCUCGCUGACCUUCUUUACUGCACGAUCCUCCAACCGGUCAGUGCUGAUUCAUACCUGCACCUGCACUGGAGAGGUGGAGCCACGUGGUGCCGUAUGUUUGGAUUCCUCCUGUUCCUGUCCAACAGCGUGUCCAUUAUUACAUUAUGCCUCAUCGCUUUGAGCCGUUAUUUGGUUGUUGCGCAUCGCACUUCUCGCUGUGCCCGUCUGCUCCUGUCCCACCGUGGAGUGGCGGUGCUCCUCAUCUCAUCCUGGCUACUGGGUGUAGCCAGUUUCGCCCCACUUUGGCCCGUCUACGUGUUUGCCCCACAAGUGUGCACCUGCAGUUUUCACCGGACUAAAGGGCGGCCUUACACCACCGUGCUGCUCUUCCUGUACUUCUUCUUGGGCCUGGGUUGUGUGGGCCUUUUCUACUUUCUGAUCUACCGUAAGGUGCGUGUAGCCUCUAAGGCUUUUCUGAAGUACAGGCCCAGUCGUCGCUCAUCAGAACGCAAGAGGGCUAAAGCCGAAACAACGACGGAUGACAGCGGGAUCAGUGCUGGAGCUUCAACAACUCAAAGCUGUGAGAUCAGUCAUGAAGAGGCAGGAGCGGAGCAGAAUAAGAACAAAGCACUGGAGAAAUCUGAGGGCCACACAAGCGCAAAAGAACCAAAAAACUCCAUUCAAGAUGCCUCAAAAGACACAGAAACAUCUUCUAAACCAACUCCGGUAACAAUCCAGACCACUCCAGCUGCCAACUCAGGAGAGGACAGUGAAUUUAAGCGUGUAACUCGAAUGUGCUUUACAGUUUUCUUGUGUUUUGUUGGCUGUUUUGCGCCAUUUCUGCUGUUGAAUGUCGCUGAUAAGGCGAACCGUGCGCCACAGGUCAUUCAUAUGUUUUGUGCAAACCUCACUUGGUUAAAUAGUUGCAUUAACCCUUUGUUGUACGCAGCCAUGAACCGGCAGUUUAACCAGGCCUACAAAGACCUACUAGGCAAAGCUGUACGUCCAUUAACUUGGAUAUGGAGAACCCGUCGGUUCACAAUAAGAUAAGUGAUAAUGAAGAAUGUUAUCCGACUCAUUUCAAUCUGAAAGUGAUCUUGUGCUGUAGAUGUUCAGUGACCAUUUUGUGAAGGCCUGCCCAAUCUAACUAUUAGUAAAAUUAACGUCCAC